AUGACGCAGGACUGGGUCAACCUCUUUGUGUUGCUCUCUGUGGUUUGUGUCCUCCUAAAUCUAGCUGGAUUUAUCCUUGGCUGCCAAGGGGCUCAGUUUGUGGCCAGCGUGCCCAGGUGUGAUCUGGUGGAUUUAGGCGAAGGCAAGAUUUGCUUCUGUUGUGAAGAAUACCAACCAGCCAAAUGCACAGACAAAGAAAAUGCCUUGAAACUCUUCCCAGUUCAGCCUUGUAACGCUGUUCACCUUCUACUUAAGAAAGUUCUCUUCGCCUUGUGUGCCUUGAAUGCCCUGACCACUACUGUCUGCUUAGUGGCUGCUGCCCUCCGCUACCUCCAGAUAUUUGCAACCAGAAGAUCUUGCAUCGAUGAAUCCCAGAUUUCUGCUGAGGAAGUGGAAGAGCAUGGACGUAUCCCAGACCCUGAUGACUUCGUGCCUCCAGUGCCACCCCCUUCCUAUUUUGCCACAUUUUACUCAUGCACACCCCGGAUGAACCGCAGGAUGGUUGGUUCUGAUGUUAUUCCACUCCCUCAUAUCUAUGGAGCUCGGAUCAAAGGCGUGGAAGUGUUCUGCCCCCUGGACCCCCCGCCUCCAUAUGAAGCUGUGGUGAGCCAGGUGGAUCAGGAGCAGGGAUCAUCAUUCCAUGUGCCAGAAGGAUCUGAAGCUGCUUCGAGCCCAUUAGAACCAGUGUGCACACAAGUUACAGUGAGUGGGGACAUUUCUAACACACCUGGAGAAGAAUGCACAUCUGUGUCAGCCCUUAACUCAAGCCUGGCACAUCUUGCAAGAAGCCCGAGACCCUUCCAGCCCCUAAGGACAAGAUCAAAGAGCGAUCCUGUGCUCCAUCAUUUCACGGAGAGAGCUGUCCCCGUGCUUAGCUGUGAAGCCGCCACACAGACGGAAGGAAGGCUGGACCUGGCUGCAGUGACUUUGAGGAGAGGCUUGAGAUCGCGAGCUUUGCGCUCCAGACCAAGAUCUUUAAUAGAUUACAAAUCCUACAUAGACACCAAGCUGUUGGUGGCCAGGUUCCUGGAGCAAUCUUCCUGCACUAUGACCCCUGACAUCCAUGAACUGGUGGAAAACAUUAAGUCUGUUUUGAAGUCCGAUGAGGAGCACAUGGAGGAAGCUAUCACCAGUGCCAGUUUCCUAGAGCAGAUAAUGGCCCCACCGCAUCCCAGCACGGCCAGGACCCACACCCCGCUGGAGCGCAGGCAGCCUGGCCUGCUGCACCUGCAGAGCUGCGGAGACCUGAGCACCUUUGCCCCGGUAGGAAGACCACGAGCUGAGAGGAGGCCAGGGCAGCGAGCAGAGGCUGAACGGCCCCACAGUCUCAUCGGUGUCGUCCGAGAGACUGUGCUGUGA